GGCGGGGGCGAGUGUGGGGCCGUGUGGUUCAGCCACCCACUGGUGAUCCGAAGAAAAGUUGCCCUCGGACCUGCCCCAGCCUCCUGCGUCCUUCCCCCGGCCCUGCUGGUGAGUUGGAGUCGGGCGGGGAGGAGCCGGGCAGAGACCUGCGAAGUCUCCGGUGAGGAGCCCGCUUCCCUUUCCCGUGGGACUCGGCACCCGGGGAGGCGCCGGGUCCAGUCCUCAGGACCGGGAACAAACUUUCUGGAUCGUCCCGGGACACUUGUCGGGCCAGCGCAGCACCGCGCGGGGAGGAGGAGCCAGGCCAGGGGGACAGAUUUUGAAAGUCUUCCUGGAGUUUCCAGCAGUGCCAAGUGUUGGAGAAAUUCUUUUCUGUCCCUCUGAUAGUGAAGUGAUCAAAAACAACCCCGCAGGAGGCGAGUGAAGAGUGGUCACAGGGCUUCAUUGAUGCCCUCAGAAAAGUGACUAAUGACUUCAGCAGAGACCAGAGGUCCUCACACUGUGGUCCCCAGAUGAGCAGCAGCCUCUCCUGGGAAACUUGUUAGAAAUGUCAAUUCUUGGAUCAGAAACUCUGAGGCUAGAGCUCAGAAAUUUGUAUUUAACAAGCCCUCUAAAUAAUUCUGAUGCAUGUUAACGUUUGAGAAAUGCUCUGGACACUCUCAUUAGCUACAUACCAUUGUCCAAGUCAUUCAUUUUCUCUAGCUCUUGGUCUCCUGAUCAGAUAGAUUAGGGUUUCUCAAACGUUGGUGUGCACAUGAAUUAUCCAGUGAGCUUGUUUCAAAAAUUUCAGAGAGCAGUAAAUCUGUCCUAACCUCAUGCCUCAAGAUUCUGAUUCAGCAGGUCUUGGAUGACUCACUGUUACUCUCAUCAUGACACCUCUACAUUCGCCAGCCUCCCCCUCCACAGUCAGUGAUCCAGUGCAGGACAAAUCUUCUAUUAUCCACUUCACUGUUGAGCAAACCCCACCAAUUCUGAGGAGCAGAACGUUCAGACAUUUGAAGAGUCUGACCGCGAGUUGACUGCUAGAAGAGUGCAGGUUUUGGAAGGUGACAAUGAAAUGUGAAGAAGUUACAUUUCUAAUGUGAUUCUUGAAAGUUAGUGACUGCUUGCGAAAUUUUGAUGAAAAUUAAAUAUGACUUAGAAGCAUUGCUUUAUGAAGGUUUAUGAUGUCAUCGGUUGCGACUGAACACAAACUCCAGCAGGCUGUGAGCCUGCAGGGAGUUGACCCAGAAACAUGCAUGAUUGUAUUUAAAAACCACUGGGCGCAGGUUGUGAAGAUCUUAGAGAAGCACGACCCCUUGAAGAACACCCAGGCAAAAUACGGGUCCAUCCCUCCAGACGAGGCCAGUGCAGUGCAGAAUUAUGUAGAACACAUGCUCUUCUUGCUGAUUGAAGAACAAGCCAAGGACGCUGCCAUGGGGCCGAUUCUGGAAUUCGUGGUCUCUGAGAACAUAAUGGAGAAACUCUUCCUUUGGAGCUUGAGGCGGGAGUUUACUGAUGACACCAAAGUCGAGCAGCUGAAGAUGUACGAGAUGCUGGUCACCCAGUCGCACCAGCCUCUGCUGCACCACAAGCCCAUCCUGAAGCCCCUGAUGAUGCUGCUGAGCUCUUGUUCGGGAACAGCCACCCCCGCUGUGGAGGGGAAGCUGGUUGUCCUGCUCAACCAGCUCUGUUCCAUCCUUGCCAAAGAUCCGUCCAUCCUGGAACUCUUCUUCCACACGAGUGAGGACCAAGGGGCAGCCAACUUCCUCAUCUUCUCCCUUCUAAUUCCCUUCAUUCACCGAGAGGGGACUGUGGGCCAGCAGGCCCGGGACGCUUUGCUUUUCAUCAUGUCUCUCUCUGCCGAGAACAGCAUGGUGGCCCAUCACAUCGUGGAGAACACCUACUUUUGUCCUGUGCUUGCAACUGGGCUCAGUGGUCUCUACUCUUCCCUGCCUACAAAGCUAGAAGAGAAAGGCGAGGAGUGGCACUGCCUUCUGAAAGAUGACUGGCUCCUACUCCCCUCUCUCGUCCAGUUCAUGAACUCCCUGGAGUUUUGCAACGCCGUCAUACAGGUGGCUCAUCCUUUGAUUCGUAACCAGCUUGUAAAUUAUAUUUACAAUGGGUUCUUGGUACCAGUCUUAGCUCCUGCUCUCCACAAGGUGACUGUGGAGGAGGUCAUGACCACAACUGCCUACUUGGACCUUUUUCUGCGUAGCAUCUCCGAGCCAGCACUACUUGAGAUCUUCCUCCGUUUUAUCCUGUUGCACCAGCACGAGAAUGUUCACAUCCUAGACACUCUCACCAGUCGAAUCAACACCCCAUUUCGGCUCUGUGUGGUGUCCCUGGCAUUAUUUAGGACUCUCAUCGGUUUACACUGUGAGGACGUGAUGUUACAACUAGUUCUGAGGUACCUGAUCCCUUGCAACCACAUGAUGCUGAGUCAGAGGUGGGCUGUGAAGGAGAGAGACUGCUACUCGGUGUCUGCGGCCAAGCUGCUCGCCCUGACCCCAGUCUGCUGCUCCAGCGGGAUCACCCUGACGCUUGGGAACCAAGAGAGGGAUUAUAUCCUCUGGUCAAAGUGUACGCACGAUAGUUCAGGGCCCCUGGAGCAGCCGCUGCCCGAGGCGUCCUCCCCAUCGGCCUGCAUCGUGGAGUACGGCAAAGCCCUGGACAUCAGCUACCUGCAGUACCUCUGGGAGGCCCACGCCAACAUCCUCCACUGCAUGAAGGACUGCCGGGUCUGGUCCGCCCUCUACGACGGAGACUCCCCGGACCCUGACACGUUCCUCCAGAGUCUGCCGGAGGAGAGCACCACCAGCCCCGCCUGCCCCGCGCUCAGGCUCAGGCUUCCCCAGCAGCUCCCCAGGGAGACGGGGCCUCAGCUGCCUCCCAGAAAGGACAGGGGCCACACGGAACUGGAGUGGGACGACAGCUAUGACACUGGGAUCUCCUCGGGGGCCGAUCUGGAGAAUCCUGGCCCGCCGGCGCCCAUCGAGCCCCCCAAACACAUCCAGGAGAUGAAGAAGAACGCCAUCCUGCGCUUCAAAGGGUCCUACAUCGAGGAGUCCGACUUUCAGGACGACGUGAUGGUGUACAGGUUGUGUGCGGAGAAGGACGCCGAGGACACCAGAAAGUCACAGGAGGAGCCUGCCAGGCCCCCGGCCCAGGGCCAGACCGAGGGGCAGAGUCCCCCCACGAACAACGGCCCCCUGCCCAGCCCUCAGCCAGAGACAGACUCCGAGGAGGAGCAGCACAGGGACAACUCAGACGUGGUUCCCAAUGUGUCCGCGGAGCCACCACCAGAGAAGGGGCCCCCGGUGGCCCCGGAAUCAAACUCAGAGGCAGCACCCCCUGUCUCCGAGGCAGAGCACGGUGCGGACCUGACAGCGGUUGACCCGGAGGGUGAAGAUUUCAUUGCCCAGUACGACCAGAUCAUUAAAGAACUGGACUCUGGCACCCAGGGCUUGAUGGGGCAGAAUUCCUCUUCCCAGGGUCCUGAUCCCUUGCUCCUCCCAGAAGAGCAAGAGGGGAAGGAAGAGAGCAAAGGAGAGCAGGAGGAGGAGGAGGGGAAGAAGGGCCUGGAGGAGGAGGAGGAGGAUGACUUUGACUCUCUGAUGGCGGAAGCUCCUGCCGAAGAGACCGUGCCCUCCCCCUUUGGGGUGAAAGAGGAGGCUGACUGUGCCAGUCGCCGUCCCGUGAGGACUCAGAGCGCCCCGUUCACAGGCCCGUUCAUCAGCGUGGUCCUGUCGAAGCUGGAGAACAUGCUGGAGAACUCCUUGCACGUUAAUUUGCUGCUCAUCGGGAUCAUUACGCAGCUGGCCAGCUACCCGCAGCCACUCCUGCGCUCCUUUCUGCUCAACACCAACAUGGUCUUCCAGCCAAGCGUCCGCUCUCUCUACCAGGUCCUAGCAUCUGUGAAAAACAAGAUUGAACAGUUUGCUUCUAUGGAGAGAGACUUCCCAGGGCUCCUCAUACAAGCCCAGCAAUACCUGCUCUUCCGAGUGGACAUGUCCGACGUGACAGCUGAGUCGCUAACCAAAGAUCCCACUCAGGAUGCUUCCAGGACGGGAGCUGGCCGGAGCCUUCUGGAUGGUCCCCCAAGAGUGCUCCAGCCCUUCCUGACAAGCAGAGCCGCGGUGGCGGGGGUGCCGCCAAGCCUGCCCCUGCCGGUGAGGAACACCAUGCUGGCCGCGGCCCUCUUCCCCGAGUUCCUGAAGGAACUGGCUGCCUUGGCCCAGGAACACUCCGUUCUCUGCUACAAGAUCCUGGGGGACUUUGAGGACUCCUAUUGUUAGCUUUUUUUUUUUUUAAAUAGAGGUUCUUGUUUUUUAAGGUUUUAGUGUCUUGACUGAAUGUUAAAUGCAAAGCUGCUUACAAAGAUUUCUACUUUGAUGUUUCCUGACAAUACUUGAUUUGUGGGGAGGGGACCUUCUGGGCACCUCCUCUCUCUUGCUGGGCCUUCCCACCCUGCGUCACACAGAAUGUAAGUCUCAUAAGCUGGCUGCUCCUUGGGCGGGUUUUCUUUGCUCAGUUUUUCCUCCUCAAAUUUUUUGGUUGUUAUUCUCUCAUCCCUUUGAGUCGACUCACCUUGCAGCGUAGAGCACACCAAGCGAAUAUGGGGGUUCAGUGUCUUCUGGAAGUACCCCUUGUCAGGUCGGCUCUUCAGUGGCACGUGAAGAAAGCACACCUGUUCCUGUUGCCUUCUGCAUUUUGGCUUCCAUUUCAUCAAAGGGAAGAA